AUGAUCGUCCUGCUCAGUCCGGCCAAGACGGUCGACCAGAGUGAUCCAGACUUCACGGAGAAGUCGAGCAUUCCCUUUCCCGCCGAGACAGCCAAGCUCGUGGCCCAGUUGAAGGAGAUGAGCAAGCAGGACUUGCGGUCCACUCUGGGCAUCUCCGACAACCUCGCGGCGCUCAACCACGAGCGCUACGCCGGCUGGGAGGACCAGAAGGAGAUGCAGUGCGCGUUGCUGUUCGACGGGGAGGCGUACAAGGGUCUGCGCGCCAGGACGCUCUCCCCCGAGGACCUGCGCUACGCCCAGGAGCACCUGCGGAUCCUCAGCGGCCUGUACGGCAUCCUCCGGCCGCUCGAUGCCAUCAAGCCGUACCGCCUUGAGAUGGGCACGAAGCUCUCGGGCCCGCACGGCAAGGAUCUGUACGCGCUGUGGGGCCCUCGGAACGCCAAGGAGAUAAACAAGGCUUUGGCUGCGCAGAAAGACCCCAAAUCUCGACUUGUGGUGUCGUGCGCCAGCGCAGAGUAUCUCAAGUCGGUGCGCGUGGCCGACCUGGAGUACCCGCUCGUGCACUGCGUGUUCCCAGGGCCGGCGGUGUACGCGAAGCAGGCGCGCGGGGCGAUGGUGCGGCACAUCAUCGAGAACAAGAUCAACGACCGCGCCGGGCUGGAAACGUUCACCGGCGCGAACGGGGAGUGGCGGCACGACCCGGAGGCGUCGGGCGAGCACGAGGUGGUCUUUGUGCGGGACCCGGGUGCGGCGAAGGGCGCGGGGCGGACGGCGGCGAGGGCGGCAGGGGGCGCGAAGCGCAAGGCGGGUGCGGCGCAGGCGGACGGCGGGGCGAGGAAGACCAAGGCGAAGAAGAAAGCGUGA